AUGAGACAGCCUCACGUCAUGGGCUCUGGUAUAUAUUUCCAGAGCCACCUAUAUUUCUCCCACAUGAGGGCUAAACUCCUCGAUCUGAUGAUACCCUCAGAAUAUGCUGUCAAAGAAGCCGAAGCUAUCAUCAAGAAAAAAGACCUUGAUGGACCAGUAUAUUGCGUACAUGCGCGAAGAGGUGAUUUCCUGAAAGCACCUCACCCUCAGGCUUCCGAAGCCAAUUUCACGCGGUAUGCAACGAAAUGGUUGUUGAAAAAAAGCAAGUUAUUCAAAUACCUUCUAAUCAUUGAAAUAGAUGUUGGUGAUAAGCCAGCCACUGUUUUAUUUUUCUCAAAUGAUCCGGUGUGGAUGGAUGCCGUUUUUGCUGAUGUGCUUUUCAAAGCGAAUAGAACACAACUUGGUUACAAAUAUGAAAAUAUACAUUACAUCACUCCGAAUACUACUUCGGCUUUCAUAACGCUGGUCCUUUCCCGGCUAUACUGUGACAAUGUUUUGGUUACAGCACCAGCUUCGACGUUUGCUUGGUAUAUGGGAUUUCUAGCAAAUAACGGAUCUGGAAAUGUUUACCUAUCGGAGACAUUCGCAAAAAGUGAUGGCGGCCUAGAAAAAGAAUUAAUACCCAGCGAAUUUUUCCUGUCAAACUGGAUACCACUACGAAGACACGACAACGAUAACUUUGAAAAGAUCCAAAUCUCCGAAAUGCGGCCGUUUAUUCCGGCAACGCAACGGCGU